AUGCGUAUUUUGCCCGCAUCGGCAGAUGAGGUCUCCAAAGCCAUGUCGUUGUUCAAUUCGUGCAACGCCCAGUUUGCUGUUCGGGGAGGUGGCCAUAUGAAUUAUCCAGGAUCGAACAAUAUUGAUGGCGGCGUUCUCGUGGCUCUCGAGAAGUUGAAUGAUAUUCAAGUUAAGAAGGAUACGGUUGAGGUUGGGCCUGGCCUCACAUGGUACGAUGUCUAUUCGGCUCUUGAACCUCACGGCCGCGUUGCAAUCGGUGGUCGCCUCAAGACAAUUGGUGUUCCUGGACUCAGUCUCAUUGGCGGAUUCCACUAUUUCAAUAACAAAUACGGAUAUGCCAUGGAUAACGUUGUGAGCUACGACGUUGUUCUCGGCAACGGAACCCAGGUUACCGCAACAAAGUCUUCCCACAAGGAUCUAUUCUGGGCGCUGAAAGGCGGCGCCAACAAUUAUGGUCUUGUGACAAAGUUCACUCUACGAACCUACGAUAUGCCCAAGGUCAGCACGACAAUCCAGGUCUACAAUGAGAGUGGCAUCCCCGAUUUUCUGAACGCAGUGUGUAAUAUGGCUCUUUUGGAUGAGAAAGAUCCUAUUGCUGCGGGAAUGGUUGCUAGCGUACAGUAUAAUGCUACAACCAAGGUUUCAUCUGCUUCGCUUCUUGGUGUCCAAGAGGGCAUCAGCAGGCCCCCCUCUCAAUUCGCCAAUUUCUCUGCUAUUCCUGCCACCACACGAAUCAAUAAUGUCACAACUAUGAAGCAGUGGGCAACUGAUCUUGACUCUCCUAAGCAGAUGUUCAGAGUCAUGUUCUCUCACAAGACAAUGAAGCCGGAUGCGGAAGUUCUUGUUUCAAUUUAUAAGGCGUGGAAAGACGCCGUUGAUCAGAUUGCUGAUGUUCAAGGCCUCUACCCAACAUUCGUGACCAAUGUUGCUUCUGCCCCGGCUGCUCGCGUUGCACUCACCAAUGGAGUCGGGAAUGUGUGGGGCUUAGAAGACACGCCCCAUAUCUUAUGGCAAUUUAGCACUGGCUGGGCCCUGGCUCAAGACGACCUUCGCAUCGAGGCUUGGUCGAGGCAGCUUGCUGAGAACCUCCAUGCCAUCAAUGUGGAAAAAGGCAUCGCGUCGGAAUUUGUCUAUAUGGGUGAUGCUGGCGAGUGGCAGGACCCAUUUGCUGGGUUCCCCAAAGAAAAUGUUGCUCGGAUGAGAGAGAUCAGGUCAUCCUAUGAUCCGGAAGGUGUAUUCUCUAGACUCAAUUGGGGCGGUUUCAAGCUUGGACUUUGA